CCCGCCCAGGCGCACUCUUCAACACGCGCUAUCGUGGUAACAGCCGAACUUCUACUCCAGAAACUGAAGACGUUGAAAUGGCGCAAAACAUCUUAACUCUCUCCGUCAUGGCGGUGCUGGUAUUUUCAGUCGGAGUCAGCGCUAAACGUGGUUGUUCAGCCUUCGGGCACUCCUGCUUCGGCGGCCACGGGAAGAGAUCUGGUGACUCCGGUGACAAUAUGAUGGAUACAUCGAACUCCGAGCUCAUGGCUAAUCGGCAGCUCGGUCAAGAGGAAACUCCGCCACAUCCCAUAUAUCCCCACUCUGGAUACGGAAACCUGCCUGGUGACGACAUCAUCCCUGUUAGAGAUGGAGGCGUAUAUGAUCGGGAGGAAAACAAUAUGAGAGAUGCUGUCAAAAUGAAGUUACGUAACAUUCUGAAAUACUGGAUGGAUAACUACAGGCGAUCAAGAUUGAACAACGAGGACGGGUAUUACAUUGAGAAUUUGUAAACUAUGAAAUUACGCUUGAAUAAUUAAAUAAUAAUUGAUUAAGAAAGAAGCUUGAUUAUAACAUCUCAUUAAUUAGUUAAAUUAAUUAAAAAGUCUCCCCAACCAAUGUUUUAUUAAAAAAUAAUAUCGUGUAAUUUUACAUUCGCUAUGUCAAAAAUGACGUUAGACGUCAUAAUGACGUUAACUUUUUUAAAUUUUUGUGUAAUAUAUCAAGCUUAUUUCGUUAACAAAAUGUGUCGACUGUUUAAAAGUAUUUCAAAUAACUUCGUAUUGUAUUUAUUGUAGAUUCAAAUCGUCAAUUAUGAGUAAAAAAAAAAGAAAAAAAAAGAUAUAGAAAAGGCUGGGUUUUCGUUAAUUAUGACUUGUAUAUCUUGUAUUUUUACCUAUAAAUUAAUAUUUUAGGCUCAUAUGUUUGUAUAGUGUAACCUUAUUAGUCAUUUUUUUUUAAUAAAUUACAAAUUAAAGUUUAAAAUUGAAUAACGAAGUAAAUACAUAGAAUAAAA